AUGCAUCACAAAUUUGAAUUUUUGGCUUUAGCAACAUCGGUCUUCUCGUCAGCCUAUGCAUCACCAACUGCAGUGAGAAAUGAAGCGAACGGUGUCAGUCUUGCCAAACGUGCGACUUGCACUCCUGCUUCUGCUGGAAAUUCCGGAACCGAUGACGUUCCAGCCAUUGCUGCCGCCAUCUCAUCAUGCGGAAGCGGAGGAGUCAUUCAGAUCCCGGCCGGCGUACAGUAUGCAAUAAAUAGUGUGGUCGACUUCACGGGAUGUGCUGGAUGCACCCUGAAUAUCGAAGGUACACUCAAAGUCUCGGACGAUUUAGACUUUUGGGAUGGGAAACGAGCUAUAUUCUAUAUGGAUGGCAUCAACAAAGCAACUAUCCAAUCUGUCACUGGAACGGGUGUGAUAGAUGGAAAUGGGCAAGCAGCAUACGAUUACUUCGCUAUUAACUCUUCAUACGCUCGCCCAACGUUGCACUAUAUAACCGGGGCAUCUUCCAAUAUCGCCAUCAAGAAUCUCAAGGUCAAGAAUCCACCCAACGUUUUCUUCAGUGUUACUGGAGGUUCGAAAAACGUCGCAUAUUCUGACUUAACAAUGACAGCAGCUUCAAAAUCGACAACGGCCCCAAAGAAUACGGACGGAUUCGACGUUGGUGACUCGACAUUUGUUACAUUAAACAACAUCAAAGUUACAAAUCAAGAUGAUUGCGUAGCUUUCAAGCCCGGAGCAAACUAUACAACUGUGGAUACUAUUACUUGUACUGGAUCACAUGGACUCUCUGUUGGUUCUCUUGGAAACAAAGCAGGCACAACCGAUUCAGUAACAAACAUAUACGUCACUGGCGCAACGAUGGUCAAUUCUACCAAAGCCGUUGGCAUCAAAUUGUACCCCGGAGGAAGCUCGCACGGAUCAGCCAUCGUCAGUAACGUAACCUUCAAUGAUGUUACAGUGGAAAAUAGCGAUUGGGCGGCUCAGAUCCAAAGUUGCUACAACGAAGAUGCAACUUAUUGUGCCAGCAGUCCCAGCACUGCCUCAGUUACAGACGUAUAUUUCACAAAUUUCAAAGGAACGACAAGCUCAAAAUAUUCUCCAGAUGUAGCGAACCUGAACUGUCCAGCGGGCGGAACAUGUAACAUCUAUUUCUCCUCUUGGUCGGUUGCUCCAGCAUCUGGCUCUGCCACUUUUCUGUGCGCCAAUGUUGAUAAAUCAACGGGCCUGACCUGUACUUCCGGUGCGUCGGGAUAA